GCGUCUGUUUCCUAAGCUGCUCAGGUGACCCAGGUCUGGGCAGGGUGGCUGUGGCCCUCACAUCACCGUGGUGGGCCUGGGCUGCACCCUUUUCCCAUCGCUUCACUCCUCCCUGCUGCUGCCCGCUGCGUGUGAGCAGAGACCCACCGCUGCCUCCCCCGACUGGCCUCAGGGUCCCGCGCAGGACUCACCCCCCUGCCGCCCUCAUGACUGCCCUCGCAUCCCUCGCGGGGUACCCAUUUCCUCCUCCUCCCUCCCCGGCGCUCAGCUCUGGGUGGGGGAAUUCAGCCUGACUGGUUGUCCAGGAAGCUGCUGUCUGGGCUUCCCAGGGUGACCCAGUAUCUCUCUGAGCAGUGUGCCUGUCACGGCUGCCUCCCUCCCUCCGAGCACUGGAACAGGCACGACUGGUGGGGCCUCUGCCUCCUUGGGCCCAUUGUCCCACCUGCUGCUGCCCGCCCCACCCUGCUCCCUCCUGGCACCGACUCUGCUUCCCAAGGUCCCCGUGUGCCAGAUCCCCUGCAGCCCUGUGACUUGAGGCACCUCCAGCCACCACUGAGAUGGGAGGCCAGGCACGCCUGUGGUCACCAUGGUCAGGCACUACCAGCUUUACAGGCCAAGGGACUCCUCUUGGUUACCUCUUGGUGCCCCCAGGAGGGGCUGGUCCUGCAGUGCACCCACCACCAAGGGCUGGAGUGUCUUGCUCUAGAACGAGGUACUCAGGGUGCCUCUGCUCCCUGGACCAGGAAGAUCUUGGUGUCCUUUCCCUGGAAUGGUGUGGGUAGGGCAGGUCCCCAAGCCUGGGGAAUCAGGGGCUGGGCUUCACUCCUCCUGUAGUCCUGGCCCUCCCUGCCCACCCCCUAAUGUUGCUCGUCCCUGGCAGGGGAAGCAUCAGCUCAGCUCCCAGGCCAGGCCCACCUCCCUUCGCAGCAGCCUCUGCUGGGUACACGGUAGAUAGGAUGGAUCAUGAAGUCCUUAAAGCAGAUAGCAUCUCCCCCUUUCGGUGGGAAGUCAGCCUGCAAGGUGUGUGAGGAGGCUGCCCCAAGGCUGCCACAUCCCUAGGUUUUUGGGGAGCACGGCAUGUGUGGGCACCUCGUUCACACUGCAGAGCUUGCUUCAUCCCCAUGAGAGGCACACAGUCUCCAGUGAUGGGAGACUGAGGGCUGGCAAAGAGGACCUGUUGCCUUUGUGUGACUGGCCCCAGCAUGGGGGAGCCACAGCCUGGCUGGGUGGAGGAUACGGCCUUCCACACUGCUCCAGCUUCCUGCCUCUGGAGCCUGCAUGCAGCCCAGGGCCUGCUCCUAAUCUAAACAUGGGGCGUGUGUCCCAGUGACUGUGAGCUAUCAAGGGGGCGGCGAGGGGGUGGCGAGCCAGCCGGCUGCGCAGGUCCUGUGGCCCCAGGCCUCAUUGUUGGCAAACAGGCAGCUGGGGGCGGGCCGUGGCUGCUUAUUAAAGGCUGCCUGGAGUAGCCUGUGCAGCGACAGGUGCCCAGAAGCCCAGGAAGCCGGUCAGUGCCUGCCCCAGUUUGAGACCUUGCUAUCCCCAUAGGAACAUCACCAUGUCAGAGGCACCCCGGGCCGAGACUUUUGUUUUCCUGGACCUGGAAGCCACUGGGCUCCCCAGUGUGGAGCCUGAGAUUGCCGAGCUGUCUCUCUUUGCUGUCCACCGCUCCUCCCUGGAGAACCCGGAGCGUGAUGAGUCUGGUGCCCCAGUACUGCCUCGGGUCCUUGACAAGCUCACGCUGUGCAUGUGUCCAGAGCGCCCCUUCACUGCCAAGGCCAGCGAGAUCACUGGCCUGAGCAGCGAGGGCCUGGUGCAGUGCCGGAAGGCUGGCUUCGAUGGCGCCGUGGUUCGGACACUGCAGGCCUUCCUGAGCCGCCAGGCAGGUCCUAUCUGCCUUGUGGCCCACAAUGGCUUUGAUUACGACUUCCCCCUGCUGUGUGCUGAACUGCGGCGCCUGGGUGCCCACCUCCCCCGGGACACUGUCUGCCUGGACACACUGCCAGCCCUGCGGGGCCUGGACCGCACCCACAGCCAUGGCACCCGGGCCCGGGGCCGCCAGGGUUACAGCCUGGGCAGCCUCUUCCACCGCUACUUCCAGGCUGAGCCGAGUGCGGCGCACUCAGCCGAGGGUGACGUGCACACCCUGCUCCUGAUCUUCCUGCACCGCGCCACAGAGCUGCUCACCUGGGCAGAUGAGCAGGCCCGCCGGUGGACCCACGUUGAGCCUAUGUACUCGCUGCCCAAUGACCCCAGCCUGGAGGCCUAAGCACCAGGGCCACUCCCUGUGCCUAGGGCAGUGCCAGUGUCCACUGUUCAGCCAGCCCCUACCACCCCCGGCUCCUUCUAUCUGGGCAGCCCCAGGUGUGUGCACCUGCGAGGCCUUCCCUGGCUGCCUGACCAGCCACACACCCCCGGAGUCCUCUCCAGGCCCUGCCUCUGGGGCUGUGCUCCCCCAGCCAGCCUUCGUGCCCAGCAGAGUUUGCUGUUUCUCAAUAAACAUUGCCAACUACUUACCCUCU